UUGAAAAUCGGAUGUGACGUUCGAUACGUAUCAGCUUUAGCUUCAUAAAAGGUCGUAGCCAUUCGCUGACAUUUCUAUCCGGAUGAAAAAAAAAUCCUUAUAAGGUGUUGGUUUUUAGUUUCAAAAUUAGUUUGUAUGCUGUAGCGUUUGUCCAGGAGAUGCGAAGAUCUAGGACUCGAGUAAUUUUAAACGUUGUUGUAUUCGAGGGGGGUUAGAUGAGCGUACCGUAGACGUCCGAAUAGAGGCGCACAGCAAUUUAAAGGGCUCUGAAUUUCACUUUGUUUAAGAAAAAAAAAACACUGCUGCUGUAAGUGCAUUUGAGAGGAUAACAAAUGUCGGGGACAGAAAGCAUCGUGGAAAGACACUCAUUUUCAUGAGUCCUUCCCACAUGGGGGAUCAUUACGUAACAGCCUCCGAGCGGCAGCCGGGAGAGCAGCCUGCAGAGUAGCUGGAGAUGAAGUCCAGGAGAGUCGGACCUCCAGACGGGGGGUACGGCUGGGUGGUGGUCGCUUCAGCCUUUUUUGCUAUGGGCCUUACCGGAGCUGUCCUCAAAAACUUCGGCCACUUCUUCCUGGAGAUCCAGAGUCACUUUGGAGUCCUGACCAGCACUACCUCAUGGGUUUCUUCCACAACUAUUGCUAUGUUUCAUAUAGGAGCUCCAGCAGCCAGUGCUCUGACGUUACGGUUUUCUCAGAGAGUGGUCAUCGUAGUUGGAGGAGUUCUGUGUACUUUGGGGAUGUCGCUGGCCUCUCUGGACAUCAAUCUGCCUUGGCUCUACCUCACUAUGGGCGUCCUAGAAGGAACAGGUAUCUCAUUCUCAUGGGUUCCUGCUAUCAGCAUGGUGAAUCACUACUUUUCAAGAUGGCGCCCCAUCGCCUACGCCAUCGCCAGCUCAGGGGAGUGUGUCUUUGCCAUCGUUUUCAGCCCGCUGUUCAAGUGGCUCAUCGAGAAGUACAGCUGGCAGGGCGCGUUGCUCAUCAUCGGAGGCCUUCAGUUCAACCUGUGUGUUUGCGGUGCGCUCAUGAGACCCCUGGAGGCAACUCGAGCCUCACAAACCAACCUCAAAGAGAGCACAGAGGACAGUGCUGCUGCGCUACCCCCAAAGAAGAAGGCGGUCUUCGACUGUGGCCUGCUGAAAAAACCCGAACUUCUUCUCUACAUCCUGUUUGCGAUCUUUGCAGCUACCGGGUUUUUCAUCCCGACCCUCUUCCUGGUUCCCUUUGCCAACAGCUUGGGGAUCGAUAAGUACUGGCCCGCGUUCAUCCUGUCUGUCAUGGCCGUCACCGACCUGGUCGGCAGGCUGUUCUGUGGCUGGCUGGCUAACAUGAGGCUCCUGAGGAACCUGCAGCUGCUCACCAUCGUUACGACGCUGCUGGGGGUCGUGCUGCUCCUGCUGCCCAUCAGUCACAACUACUGGUCCGUUCUGGUGUUCGCCUCGCUCUACGGCUUCCUGUUCGGCUGCAUGGUUGCCAUUCACGUCACCUCCAUCGUGGACAUUGUGAGCUUGGAGGGCUUCGACAGCGGCCUGGGGCUCUUCAUGCUGUUCAGGAGCAUCGGAGGCUUCAUCGGGCCGCCUGCUGGAGGCUGGUUGGUGGACCAAACGAACAACUUCGGCGCUGCCUUCUACCUCUCGGGCUUCUGCCUCGUUACAUCAGCUGUGUUUGUCGUCGUGGUCGACCGCCUCGUCCAGAGGAGGAAAUCUGUGGAGGCCGCCGGCCACCAGACGAUCCACUACGAGGGCGACGGGGACACGGGGAAAAUCGAAGGACUCGUUGUUGCACAAGAAUCUUAACUUAAGGCCAGUGUGUGAAGACUGAGCGGACGCCGGACGAUGUGGCUCGGACUGAGUUAAACAAAUGUGUUUGUGUUUGGCUGGGUUGUGAGAUUAAUUUUCUAUACACCUGCAAAAAAA